CGCCUCACAAUUGUUGAGGAUGCGUGCCUCAGAAAUCACACCACUCGAGGGCCCGCCUUCUCCUACCCCGGGCCCCUCUUGGCCCCACCCACGCUGGACCACAUUGAAAUGGGUCUGAUGUUGUCAAACAACUACAGUGCGCUGAGCUUCCCUCAUCAGACCUUCCGGCUGCGGCAGCAUCUUUGAUAAAAGUGCGCAAGGAGGAAACGGCCCCUGAUAAAACCGUCGCUGCAGGUGCGGGUUUGAGCCUCAUUAGAGUUAAAUUAACCAAUCAGAAACCUCACCGGCUUCACUGUAGAUCUUCCAGUGCGGCUGCAGAAGAUGCCGUGCGUCGCCUCUCUGCUGUUUCUCCUCUGCUUCUUCAUCCACGCAAAUGCGCAGACGACAUGCGGAACCAAUCAGUUCCUGUGCGGCAACGGGAAGUGUAUCACGUCGAGAUGGGUGUGCGAUGGCACCGAUGACUGCGGAGACGGCAUGGAUGAACUUCCGGGUACCUGCUCGGCCAAAAGGUGUCGAACCUCGGAGUUCAAAUGCUCGGACCGACUCAACCAGUGCAUACCGAGCAACUGGCGCUGUGAUGGAAAAGCUGACUGUGAGAACGGAGCUGACGAGCUGAGCUGUGUGGCCAAGCGGUGCACAGAGUCCGAGUUCCGCUGCACCAACGGCCAAUGCGUGUCGGCCUCCUUCGUGUGUGACGACGAGGCCGACUGCAGCGACGGCAGCGACGAGGUCUCCUGCCCGCCCACCACCUGCAGCGGCGCCUCCUUCCAGUGCAACAACUCCAUCUGCGUCCCUCGGCUCUGGGCCUGCGACGGCGACGCAGACUGCCCCGACGGCUCGGACGAGUGGCCCCAGAACUGCGCCUCAAAAGGUCUGGUCACUCCGGCCCCUCGCCAGUGCUCCCCCCUGGAGUUCCACUGUGGCAGCGGAGAGUGCAUCCACGGCAACUGGAAGUGCGACGGCGGAGCAGACUGCCACGAUCGAUCAGACGAAGCUGAUUGUGCGCAUCCCACCUGCCGCCCCGACGAGUUCGAAUGUGGCGACGGCACUUGCAUCCACGGCAGCCGCCAGUGCAACCACCAGUACGACUGCAGGGACAUGAGCGAUGAAAUCGGCUGCGUAAACGGUACAAAACUCCUCCCAUACACACCCUUCGGAAGACAAAUAAAACUCUCUCGAGGAUCUGACUUGAUUUCCUCGUUCACAGCGACUCACUGCGACGGACCGAACAGGUUUAAGUGUCAGAGCGGGGAGUGCAUCAGCAUGGAGAAGGUGUGCGACAAGCACCGUGAUUGCAGGGAUUGGUCGGACGAGCCUCUCAGAGAAUGCGACUCCAACGAGUGCCUCUACAACAACGGCGGAUGCUCCCACACUUGCAACGACUUGAAGAUUGGCUACGAGUGCCUUUGUCCGACGGGGUACAGCUUAGUCGGCAAAAAACGGUGUGAAGAUAUCGAUGAGUGUGCCAACCCGGAUACCUGCAGUCAGAUUUGCAUCAACCAGAUAGGCAGCUACAAAUGCGAGUGUGAGGAAGGAUACCAAGUUGACCCAGCAACCAAAGCCUGCAAGGCCAUCGGUACGAUAGCCUACCUUUUCUUCACAAACCGCCAUGAGGUCAGAAAGAUGACUUUGGACAAAAGCGAAUACACAAGAGUAAUCCCCCGCCUGAAGAACGUUGUGGCUCUUGAUAUGAACAUUGCCACCAAAGAGAUCUACUGGUCUGACAUCUCCCAGAAGAAGAUCUACAAAACUCAGAUGGACUCGGCCGAAGACGCCGCUCAUCACCAAAUAGUGAUCGGGAGUGACGUCGAUGCUCCCGAAGGAAUUGCCCUCGACUGGGUUCAUGGUAAUCUUUACUGGACCGACAGUGUUCGCAGCACCGUCUCCGUGGUAACAGCUGAUGGUAGCCGCCGAAAAACCCUCUUCAGCCGAGGCUUGUCGAAACCCCGCGCUAUUGUGGUCGACCCGCAUACCAACUUCAUCUACUGGACUGACUGGGGGAAUCCAGCUAAGAUAGAGAAGGGGGGUCUCAACGGAGGCGAUCGCACCGCUCUUGUCACCGACAACAUCGAGUGGCCCAACGGCAUCACACUUGACCUGUUGAACCAGCGGCUCUACUGGGUGGACUCUAAGCUGCACACUCUCUCCAGUAUCGAUGUGCAGGGCGGUAGUCGACGCACUCUCAUCAUUGACGAACACAAGUUGGCUCACCCACUGGGACUCACUGUAUUUGAGGAAAGAGUGUUCUGGACAGACGUCAGCAACAACGCCAUCCUCAGUGCAAACAGGCUGACAGGCGACGACAUUGCACCAGUGGCCGAGCACCUAUCAUCACCAGAGGACAUCAUUCUCUACCAUAAUCUCAAGCAGCCAACCGGAAGGGACUGGUGUCAGGUGUCCAAUGGCGGUUGUGAAUUCCUGUGUCUGGCAGCUCCACAAGUGGGCAGUCACCCCCCCAAAUAUACCUGUGUCUGUCCAGACGACAUGAUGCUAGGCACGGAUAUGAGGACAUGCGUACCUGCUGUGCCAACGCCUGAAGCUCCUCAAGUUCCAACCACCCCACCACCUCGUCUGCAAACAACAACACCUAGGAUCAUACCCAGGACCACAGAAAAGCCCCGUGUCCACACCACCACCGCCGCCGUGCCUUUAGUCAUCACCAGUGCCACCACCAAGCCGGUGCCACGCACCACCCAGCCAGUGCCACGCACCACCAAGUCUCCAGCCAGGGCCACCACACCUGAACCAAGGAGGACCUCGCCUAGGACUGUGAACCCAAAAAUCCAUCGAACCACCACAUACGCUCCACUCACUUCUACGGAUGGUGAAGUUGCAACAGCCAUAACAAGGACUGCCUCCACCACCCCAACAGCUCUUUACAUCCUUUUGCCUCUGGUGAUCGUUUGCCUGGUGGCUGCUGGUGGUGUGCUGCUGUGGAGGAACUACAGACUGAAGAACACUAACACCAUUCACUUCGACAACCCCGUCUAUCAGAAAACCACUGAGGACCAAGUGCACAUCUGGCGGAGCCACAGCCCUGAUGGUUACUCCUACCCAAAAAGACAAGUUGUGAGCUUGGAUGAGGAAGCAGACAAUCCAACCUUCACAGAAAACUGAAAAAUGUUGGGUCGAGUAGAAAGAGGAGUCUCGAUGAUAAGCUACCGUUAACGUCCUUUAGCUUUUUUUACCUCACGCAGCACAAAGAUAUGGAAGACGACCUCGAACCACUGUAUCCUCACAGAACACAACACGCUCACUGCAAUGGAAAUGAUCAGUAUACAACAUUUUUUAUAAGUAGUGCACAUUUUAACAUUUACUUUCUCAACAAAAAUUACCAAAUUACCAGAUGUUGGGUUCGUCAGUUUCAGUUUUUUUUUUUUUUUUAUUUAUCAUGCAACUGGUGAACUUACAUCUUACUUUUCAUCCAUCAUGUUAAAGUUGGUGCAACUUCAGCAUGAGAUCGACUCAUGCCAGAAAUGUGUGUUGUAAAUAUCUGUCCAGGAAAAAAAAGGCAAGUCAGAAGUCAAAAGUGUUGAUGGAAUAUUAAUAUACAUUGCACUAUUUAUAAUUUAAAACAAUAGUUCAAUAUUUUGAUAUUUUGGGAAGUAUUCAUAAUGUUGUUGGUUUUUUUUUGCGUGAAUUUAGAAGGGAGGAUAGGUAACACCGCUAACUACGAGCUAAAGCCUAGAGGUGAUUAGCUUUGUUUAGCAUAAAAACUCAACGCAGCAGUUAACAACGAGCUUAGCGCUGUGCCCAGUUUAAAGCAUAUCUUAAGCUCUCAGACUAGUAUACGUAAAUACAAGAUUUGGUUUUGUUUGGACAAGCUAACCUUUUUCACUUACUAUCAAUCUUUAUGCUAAACUAAGCUAAAUGCCUUAAAGCUGUAGCUUAGCUGUUGAUACACAUAUAUUAUUAUAUUUUUUUGCCUACUCAUGAUAAGAAACAAAAUAUUUCUUGACAAAAACAGGCUAACACAAUUUUCAAACAUUUCAAGAAACACCCUAGCUAAUCAGCUAAUCCUCUCACUCUCUUUUCCGUAUGCUAGACACAAAGAUACCACUUGCUAAACUUAGUUUAGCACAAAGACCAAAACAAGGCUACAGCUGACGGGUCUGUUUCUGCUUGCUAACUUUGCUUAGCUUAGCUACUGUCCAAGAAUAGCUCUGUCCAAAGGAAACAGAAUUAGCCUAGCCUAAAGCUAACACAUCACAGGCCUGUCUCUUGGUUAAUUCAUUAACUAGAAAUAUGUCAAGAUAUUUUUGCAUUGAUAAUAAGCUAUUAGAAGGAUAAUCUGCUAAAGACUAGCAUCCUGCUUAGCAUACUGAGAAUGGAUAUUUCCCAAAAUGUGAACAGUUGAAGUGAGUGUGCAGUAGGUGAAUGUAAUAUUGAGUUUUCCAUCUGCCGGUUCAACCAGUGUGACCUCAGUAGUGAUUAUAUUUGUGUAAUUCUGAGUUUAGCAUCAUUAUUCGUGCAAAAACAUCAUCUAAAGGUACAUAAUGUCACUGCUGUAGCCAGCCUCAAAGUGAGAACACAGCACAGACUGUGUUUGUGCCUUAAUUAUACAGCACUGAUGGCCUUCAGAUUCCUCACGUCACUAUAAGAUCCUCCAGCAGCUGUAUGCAGUUUCCUCUCACGAUGCCUUUUCAGCUCCUGAUUUGUGAUCACCUGUCUGUGAAAGUAGACAGCCGACUUUAAAUUUUCCCUCCCGUCGACCCCCUCUCAGAUGGAGGGGUUACAUUCCUUAAAAGGCCAAAAGGCUUUGAUGCAACCAUGUGUGACCGAUAUGUUUAACGCUCUGUACUAUAGCACGUGUACAUGUAUGUGUGCCCCCAGGACCAGAUCGCCUCGAAAACAAAGCCAUGUGCCCCUUGUAGUGUCUUACAUUUUAAACUGAUUUCAGUUGUUUUAUUUGUGUAGCUGACAAAUGCGUGCCUUUUUUUUCAAUGACAUAUUUUGUUCACGUGUUCAUGUUGGUGCUAUUGAACUCAGUGGAUUUGUACAAAAUCAUCGUGUCUGCCUGUUAAUGAUGAAUAAUUAGAGGGAGGACUGUUUAACAGUGCAGAUUUAACAUGUAAAUACAAUGUUCAUAAAUGUACAUAUUUGUUACUUAACCGUUUUUGAUGAUGAUGAUGUUGAAGCCUUUUAAAUGUUUGCUGUACAUAAAUAAAUACUUCUAUUUAUUAUAGAAUCAA